CUUAAAUGACGCUCCAAUUCAUCAUGAACAGUUUACUUGCUUUGUCGCCUCUCUUCAUCCUGCUUACGUUUAUUGUCAUUGAAGGUUAUGGAACUCCGACAAACGUGGGACCCAUUACCACGUCCAUGGAAACCGACAGAACAACGAGCAAGGAUCACCGAAAUUGCGCCUUUUUGUCGAUGUAUGAUGGAUGCCAAAUGGACACUGUGAAGGAGAAGUGUCCCAUUGCUUGUGGAAAUGUGUGCGAGGACCAGUAUUCCCAUUGUGAAGCAAUCGCGGCUCGUGAUGUUUGUGACACUUUUGAGACCCUAAAAAAAUUUUGCGUUAAAUCAUGUCAUCUUUGUGACACUGACAAAAAAACCGUUUCCUAAGAGGUCAAGUCAAAAGAUUGUGGAACCCAUGCCACCAACUAAAAUUGUCAACAUGACGGAACAUACUCCGAGCAUGUGAUAUGCUCGAAGAGUUGCGGAUUAUGCUGAAAUAUGACACUGGAAAGAACGGGGAAAAUAAAGCAUAUCUUCAAUUUAAUUAGUCAGCCUUGUCUGAUACGCAAGAAGAUUUCAACUCGAAUGUUUAUUCCUCUUCUCCCAAAACAAGUCCCAUCAUCACAGUGUGACCUCGUAACC